AUGUUAGGCCAACUUUUUUUAUUAGUAAUCCUGGCGAUAUCGGUCGAUCAAGUUCGCGGACAAACUAUUACAAAGGCGAUCAUUGAUUUCUGUGAUCCAUCGGAUCACUUGUCAUGUGGUCCGGGAGGAAAAUGUGUGGAGCUUGGAUUAGGAAACCGAUGCGAGUGCCCUCAUGGGUUGAUGGGCAGAAAGUGCAAGCGACCAUGCCAAGACGUGUACAAGAGUUGCAAGCGAUGGAAAUCGGAAGAUCGAUGCAGUUGGACGCGUCCAAUCUCGCCGUUCUUUGCCGAUAAUUGUGCACUCUCCUGCGGACAGUGUAGAUCAAGUGGACGAGAACUCGCACUUGCUCUGCCACCAAUUCUUGACAAUAUCGCUUGGUUUGUGGGUCGCUGGGAAUCACGAACAAGCGCUUCGCACCGAUUCCCUGAGCCAAUGAGCGGUCCCUAUUCGGAAAUUCUCGACGUCCAAAUAUCGGAAGUGCCAGCGUUUGAUCGGCCGCCCGUCAACAUCUCAAUUCGCGCCGAGACGUUUGACGGCCGCGACGUUCACACCGAAUUCGGGUUCCUCACGUCGAAGCCGUUUCACGAGGACACCGGAUUCGUCGAGGUCGACAAACCCGAAACCGGCGAUGAUUUGGUGUCGAUUGAGCUCGUCACCAAUACAGGAAUGAUGCUUAUUGAGGAGGGUACUGUACGCGGAAACCAAAUUCGCCUCGAGACAAAAUACAAGAAAACGAUGCCAGGGAUCUCGCGACCGGAAAUUGUCAAAUCGAAACGAAUGUUCAAACUCGUCAAUCCGAACACAAUUGAGGAGCGUGUGAUUACUGUCGAUGGACGAGGAGCCACAACGAAAUGGCUCAAAAGGUUCGACUAA